UACAUCAGCUAUGACGCGUCAUCAGAAUGCGUCAGUAGGAGUAGAAAGACCCGCAGUGUUUAACCAUCAACCGUCCACAUGUUAAACUGCCUGAGAGACAGAGACAGAGACAGAGACAGAGAGAGACAGAGACAGACACAGAGACAGAGACAGAGACAGAGAGAGACAGAGACAGAGACAGAGACACAGAGAGACAGAGACAGAGACAGAGACACAGAGAGACAGAGACAGAGACACAGAGAGACACAGAGACAGAGAGAGACAGAGACAGACUUAAACUCACAACAGAGAGAGGCUGAGAUCUGUCCGCUGAGGAGAGGAUUGUUUGUGUUUACACAUCAACCCGAUGUCGUGUUUCGGGGGCGACACCAACUUCUGCCCCGAAUGUGGGAAUGUUCUUCCUCUUCCAGGAAUCCUGGACACCGUCCGCUGUCCUCGCUGCUCCUUCUGCAUCCCUGUAGCAGAGUUCUCAGGCCAUAAGAUCUGCUCUACGGUCGUGUUCAACCCCGCGGAGCAGUCGUCGGUGGCUCUGGAGGACGAGGAGAACUCUGAGCUGAAGGGAGCUGUGAUCGACAGACGCUGCUCUCGCUGCAACAAAGAGGGGAUGGUUUACCACACCAGGCAGAUGAGAUCUGCAGAUGAAGGACAGACCGUCUUCUUCACCUGUAUACACUGCAGGUAUCAAGAGAAGGAGGACUCGUGAGACCCCCCCUCUCCUCUCCUCUCCAUGCUUCUGCUCUCAUCAUGUCCACCAGCGUUGGUUUCAGAUAGUCGGAUGCUUUCAACCAACAAACGAGGCUGAAGCAUUGCAGAGCAUCUCAGUUACUGGUUUUGAAUUAUCAGCAUUCACACUUUGAAUAAAGUUUGACAUGCAAACUGUAGUCCUCUCAGUGUUCAUGGGACAAACUGCAGCUCAGCUGACACAGAUGAUCUUCUAAUGAUGACUGCUGCAGAAACAGCUUGUAAGAGGACCGUAGGUUAAGAUUUGUCUUGUUGAACUACAGUUUCCAAGGUCAAGAAUGAAUUUUGAUGCUGAACAACCAUCUUGGGGCAAGUCUGUGUCCACCCAGUUAGUAUCCAGUAUUCUCUCUUACAGCUCUGGGUUUGGGAAAUAUCUGUCUCUUUAGCUGCUGGAUGCUCCUCUAUGUUCACCAGCUGGUCUUUAACUGGGUCUCUCUGCUGCUGAGCAGCUGCUGCACACCGGCGUUAUCAGAGAUGUUUGUCUGGAGAUGUAGAAGGUGAGAGCUGAGUUUUGGAUCCAGUAAACCGAAACGGGAUCUUUGACGCCCCCCCCCAGUGGCACACAGUAAUGUAAUCUGCUAAACGUUGCCACUGAUUCAUAUAAAAGACGGUGUAUCAACAUGUGUUUGAUGUGGAGUAUGGUAAAUAGAUAAAUGUAAUCACAUUUGUUUGAAGGGUUUCAAUAUUACAAUUUCUCUGUAGUAUCACCUGGAACUUCCUCCUAAAACUAGAAGUAUUUCCUGAAUAAAAUGUGUCUGAUGAACGUGCACAUUGAUGCUGAUGCUUGAUUUUAUGAAAGCUAAUUGGCCUUAAUGUAUUUACUGAAUUAAAUAGUUCUAUUUAGUGUGUCACAGCCGUUCCAGCGAGCCAGCUUGCACAGUACCAGGGAGCUGGCCCACCUCCGUGGAUCAGGGCCAUAAUGUUAUUAAUUACACCUGUGAUCACCCUGCAGUGACAUGUCAGAAUGGCUGCUGUGAAAAGGGCAUAUUUGAAUGUGUACAAGUGCUGAGUUCUAAAUAUCAUGAGACUAAUGGGCCUCCAUAGACUUUAAUGCAUUGUAUAAUUAAUAAUAUUUCAUAGACAACAUGAUGUGGCUGAAAGCUCUAGAAAAUGUCCAGUAAAUGACCUGCUGAUAAAAAGGUUUGAACUAAU